AUGGAGAAGUACACCGAUGUUCGUUCCGUAUGCCUGUGCUCGGGUGAUCGGAAGGAAAGGCAGCUGAAGAGGCUUAAGAAGACGAGUUACGGGAUAUGGAUUGCAACACCUAGCCGUCUGCUCUCUUUCUUGGAGGACGGGAAGGUGAUCAUUAGCGGCUGUACGCUUCUGGUGCUGAAUGAAGCUAACCGGAUGCUGGCGAUGGGCUUCGAGAAAACGCUUCGCUCCGUCGCGGCCCUAGUCCGACCAGAUCGUCAGACGAUCAUAUUGGCCAACUCGGGUUCGAGGAAGAUUGCAGACCUUGCUGAUUGCUUGCUGAAGGACUACGUCCAGGUUAGCAUCGGGCAAAGCAAGCUGGUAGAGAACCAGCGGGUCGAGCAUACCGUCAUCGUCUGCGAGGAAGCACAGAAACUGGAGCGGCUCGUUGCCUUGUUAGAUGACAUUCUAAGAGAGAAAGAGGACAAGAUCAUCGUCUUCGUCGAGACUAGGCUGGCAGUGAAUAAGACCGUGCUGGAGUUACAACUCCGGAACUGGUCCGUCCUCGGCAUUCACGGCGGGAAGACGAGAGACGAGCGCCGGCGGGCGCUGGACGCGUUGAAGUCGGGCUCUUCGAGCAUUCUGGUGGUGACCGACCUUGCAGCUCAGCAACUCGACGUCGAGCACGUCCGCUUCGUCGUUCACUACGAUUGCCCGGCAAACGCGGACGCCUACGUGAGCCGGGUGAACUACGCUUCGCACUGCGACGGUUCGGGAACGGCGUACGCGUUUCUGGCGCCGGACGACGCGCGUCACGCGAAAGAGCUCGUCUCUCACCUUCUUGACUCCGGCGAGAAGGUUCAUCAUCGGCUUCUCGAAAUCGCCGAGGGGGAUCUCGUUGUGACAGACGCAGAACU